AACGAUGAGCAAAACCUUUUUUCAGUGCUAAAUCAGCUUUGCUGCUCUUAAAACGCCACGCACAAACCGAUUAGAACAGAUUUAUCAUAUCGAAAGCGGCGUGUCUCAAGCACAACAUACAAAAGAAGGGCAAACCAGCGCACAUUGUUGUCAGUGUCGGUGUAGUAGUGAGAUGCUCCAAUACUUACUAUGCUUCAAGGUUUAGUCGAGAGGAGCUUUGUGUUUGGGGGCUAGUUGGAGAUAGCCGUGGAACACGAUACAACAUCAGUGUUGAUAAACAUUCCGUCCGGUUCGACAGUAGUGUGGCGGCUAUCAGUAUUAGCAUCAAAACUUCCGUGUGCUUUGAAAACGAAACAAGGCAAACAUUAAGGCCUUUAUCAGAAUACAUCCGAAAUACGCCGUAUAUUUGCUGGAUAUGAAGGAGAAUAUUGGAUGACACUGCCGUUGUUGAGUGUGCCAUAUUUUACCUUUGGUGCUCUUGAAUCGUCGUUGUGUGAUGUGUGUAUGUAGCGCGUGUGCGUAGAAAAGAGCUUUGUAGUGAAAUUUACAAUUGCCAGAUACACACGUGCAUCAAGUCGUCAUUCAUUGUUGCCUGGGAUAUGAAUGUGCUUAGUACGGGGCGGUAAUUUAUAAACUUGAGCGUGUGUGUGUGUGUGAUACGCGCUUGUGUGGUUGCAUGUUUAGUCAGCUGUUUAUCAUAUGGUUUGUUUGGUACGAGUGUGCAAUUAUCAUUCCAACAAAGCAGAAACAGCACUAUGCAUCAGAAGUAGAGCUGGCCAAUAUGGCCAAUACAGGAAACAAAGUUCCACUAGCAAAUGGAAGCACAACCACCCACCGCUAUGGUGCCACAACUGACACAAGAUCGGUAGUGCCGGCAGUAAAUGGAAUAGAAACACACGCCGAUCUUGGAACGACCCCGAUAGCGUUUCCCAAUACUACCGUCGACAUGGAACGUGCGCAGCUGGACAAGCGUUCCACCCUGAAGAUGUGCGAAAAGAUUGGGUAUGGGCUGGGUCACGUCUACAACGAUCUUUGUGCCGGCAUUUGGUUCAGCUAUACGCUCCUGUUUAUGCAGGGCGCGCUGGGAAUGCCGGCAGCCGAAGCCGGUGCGAUGGUGAUGUUAGGCCAGGUCGGUGAUGCUAUUGCGACACCGAUCGUGGGCCUCCUGACGGAUCGAUAUGGAACGAAGCGGCAGUGGCAUAUAGCGGGCACCUUUAUAGUAUUUCUUACAUUCCCGAUGAUAUUUUCCUUGUGUCCCUGGUGCUCGGUGGCGCCUCAUUGGUGGGAAAUACUGUACUUCGUAAUCGUGAUACUUGCCUUCCAGUUUGGGUGGCCUAUCGUACAGGUGACGCACCUUGCCAUGAUACCGGAGCUGUCACGCACGCAGAAAGAUCGGUCAGAUUUAACCGCCAUCCGUUACUCGGUAUCGAUCGUAUCCAACGUGGUGGUGUACAUUGUCACGUGGGCGGUACUACGGAGUCGUACAAGCACCGACAACCAGAUUGGCCCUGGUGAUGCGUACCGAUUUCGAGACAUUUCUUUGAUCCUUACACUCGUCGGGGUGUCCAUGUCGGUUUUGUUUAACUUUUCGCUCACAUUCAGCGGGUACGAGCAUCGACGAAACACAGCACUGCAGCACAACAUCAUCCGUCCGUCCGGACCACGCUCGGAAACGGAUAUUGAGCGAGAGUCCUUGCUGGGAAAUGAUCAGAGACAAGCAAAUGGUACUCAUACCGGUGGUCAACAUUUGGCAGGAUCAUCCACCGCGCUGGACACGAUCAUUCAGCGUAAACCAAAGAAAAACUUCUUCAAAUCUCCUUUACUCUAUCAGAAUGCUUUAUUGUACGUCUUCUCGAGACUUUUUAUGACAACCUCACUCGUGUACAUGCCACUUUGGUUGGACGAACGUGCCUAUCAACCGGAUGUGACGCCAGCGGAAAACAACGCCAACGUAGAGCAUUUGGCAACCGUUCCGCUCGUAUCGUUUCUUGCCUCUUUUGUAGCGUCGCUGCUGCUAAAGUACACCAACCGCUUUAUCGGCAACAGUUUGGUGUACUUUAUUGGUUCCAUUAUAAGCACUAGUGUAUGCCUGUGGAUCGCCCUCUCGCCCGGUUCCGGUUCAUUUAGCACAGUGUCCUUAUUUUUGAUCGCGUCCCUAUUUGGAGCUCCCUAUGGUAGCUCAAUUACAAUGAUAAGCAGCUUGUGCAUUACGGCAGACAUGAUCGGAAAGCAUGCGGAUCAGGGUGGAUUCAUCUAUUCGGCUGUCACGUUUGCGGACAAACUGAUCACCGGUGUGGUAGUUGUGAUCAUCGAGUCGGUGAAAUGUCACGAUCGUUCCGAAUGUCCAGAGUAUUAUAGAGGUGUGCUAUCGUACGGUUGUGGUUUGGCGGCUAUUCUGGGAUGUCUAACGUUGGCAACCUUACUGUGUACUACUGCAUCCACACGUCGAAGGAAUCGGUAGUGCACGAUACAGCCUUAAGUUCACUUUUUGCUAUAGGCUCAGUUAUGUUUUAUUCAAUUGUUUUAUUUUUUUAAAUUUUUUGCUAAUAUUAUAAUUUUAACAAAAUAGCGUAUUUGAAAUUUAUAUAAUAGAGUAAAGUGAUUAC